AGUUCAGUAGGAACCGCAUGCAAAGAGCGUUCGAUUCGCUCCAGUGUGGCACAUUUAUUGGCCGAUAAGCAUUAAGCAAAUAAAAUAAUAAAAAUGGCGAAACCAGUGACAAAAUCCAAAGUGAAAAAAGAUGGUGAUUUCAUCCCGCCCGACGGGGGUUGGGGCUGGAUGAUAAUUUUCGCAGCUGGAUUUUCAAAUCUGUCAGCGCUGCCAAUUCUCCAGCAGUUCGGGCUACUCUUCCGUGACAAGUUCGCUCGGCUUGGAAUCAGCAGCUCGCAGACCACCACAAUCAUCAACAUGAACUCGGCCCUGACCUCUUGCGUCGGUGCGUGACGCGCCUCGAUGGUUUAGCGAAUGGCCCCGUUUUCAAAACAUUCAGCUACCGUCAAGUCUCUCUCACAGGAGCCACGGUAGUUUUCAUAGCAUUGAUGCUAACAACAUUUUCCUACAAUUUUAUGAGCUACCUCAUAUCAUUCUCCAUAUUAUACGGCGCUGGCUACGGUAUCAGCAGUUCUGCUAAUGCUCUGGCUUUGAACACUUACUGGAAGAAGAGAAGGAGGCUAGCAACUAGUUUGUCAUGGACCACGACAGGACUUGGCCCUAUGCUAUGGCCACAUAUUAUCACUGGCCUCUUUGCAGUGUUUGGCGAAACAGGAGCUAUUCUUAUAAUAAGUGGAAUUUCACUACACGCCAUCGCUUGCGCCCUUCUAUUGCAACCAGUUGAAUGGCACUCUAAAUCUCCAGAGGAAGAAAAACCGGUGGAAGAAAAAAAGCUACUUAAUAAUGAUCUCAAUGGAAAGCACGCAGACUUAGAAAAAAAUAAUCAAGAGAGUGGCUAUUUCAGCCAAGUUUCAAAAUUUAAAAAUUUAAGUGCCUUUUCUAGUCAGUACCUCUAUAAUGAAGAUGAUGCUCUUAACACGGGUUACGAGAUAACGGAUCCCGGCAUUCCUAUGAUGCUUCGUGCCAAUGAUGGGUACUUCAGUCAAUCGAGGCAGUCAAGAAGUCGAUUAUCUUCAAGAGAAGGUUCUAAUAAGAAUUCUCGUUUAAAUUCUAAGAAACCAUCGAUGACAAACUUAACUGAGAAUCGUUCACGAAAAUCUUCUACUUUAUAUUUGAAUGAAUCUAAAAAGAAUUCUACUGCAAAUCUUGGAGCAUUGGCAAUUCAGGAACGAGAUACUUAUAAACCAAAACGAAAGACAUCUAUCACUUUAGACACCCAGAUUCCAGAAUCUGAAAUAGAAGACUGCCCUACGUUAAAAGCUCCACAAGAUUUAAAAGCUGAUGAAAAAGCUGUAGUCGAAAACAUUGAUCCUGAAAAAGCUAAAAUUAUAGCUGAUAGAGCAGAAAAACAUCUUGCAACUAGCAAAAGUAUGAAAUCAUUUAGAAUGGAUGGACAAUAUGGAGAAAAAUACUCAAAAGAUAAUCACAGUAACAUUUCUUAUAAAAAUCAAGAUGACAAUGAGGAGAAGAAAUAUUUAAAAGACAAUCAUAGUAACCAAUCGUAUCGCACUAGACAUAGAAGAAAAUCGAAUAAUUUUAACUAUGAAAGUGAAGUUUUAAAACAAGCUUCCCUAAAAUUAGAACAGUAUUUGAAGGAUAAUGAAGAUAGCAAGAACCAAGCUGAUAAAAUCAAAUUACUAAUUAACGGUCCCGAUGAUGAAGACUAUCAGAAUGAUGAUGUUUUUGAACCAAAGAAAGAAGAAGAUGAAGCAGAAGAGGAAAAUUUAACAUUCUGUCAAAAAGUUGCUAUAUUCUUUGAUUUGGAUCUUCUCAAAGACACAACUUUCAUUAACUUGAUGUUGGGUAUUACGUUAGCUAAUUUCAAUGAAUUAAACUUUUCAAUAUUGACGCCAUUCAUUCUUGGAGACUAUGGUUUGUCUAAAUCGGAGGUGGCUUUCUUCAUGUCACUGUUAGCUGGAGUCGAUCUGUGCGUUAGGUUUUGUAUUCCAUUUGUUGCUGGAAAGAUUGGAUGGGAUAACAAUUCUUUUUUCCUAUUCGGGGUUAUGUCAAUGGCGAUGGGGAGAGUAGUUCUUUCAAUCUGGCAGAGUUACGGAGUGGUACUACUAGUGGCAGUAAUGAUUGGCUUUGGGAAGGGACUUAGAACCGUUUUCAUGGCCCUGGUCAUACCCACGCAUGUGCCUCUACACAAACUACCAGGAGCCUCUGGAAUUCAACUCCUUACUGCUGGAAUAGUGUACCUCACAUUGGGACCGUUUGUAGGUUGGAUCAAAGACAAUGCUACUACAGCCGUAACUCUACACUGUCUGAACAUCUUUACAUGGCUCACAGCUCUUUCGUGGGGCCUGGAAAAAUACAUCAGGUCAAGAAGACAGAACAGCACUGAAGAACUCGUCAAGGCCUAAAAUAUAAUUUAACUUAGAAUAAGUAUUUAAGAUAGUUACUUAAGUAUAACAAUAUUGUACAUUGUGAUAGUAAUGAGAAUUACUUUACCUAGGACUUAUAAUCAUGUUAAAGUUUUAAUUAUUAAGUAGAAUAUUAUUUAAGUGAUAUUAAACUAUUGUUAAGGUACACUUGUACUAGGCGCUAUGUUAGUCGAAACACCAAAUAUAGCAAAAAGUAAGUUAAGAUUCCAAAAAA